AUGUCGGCCAUGCAACUAUCAAGAACUGCUCUCUUUGGACUCUCAAAGGCUUUCCCUAGAGUCCAGUCUCCUGCAACUCUAGCUGCUUCUACCCGGAAAGUCUCUCGCGUAUGCUUCGCCUCCUCCGUCAGCCAUACCGAGGGAAGAGAUCCGGUAGAGAACUCUAGGGACUCGAAAGCCGAUGUGGCUUACGGUUCACAGAAAUGGAGGGAGAAUACUGGAGAAAACUACGCCCAAGCGGCUAAAGACAAGGCUAACGAAGGAGCAAGCAAAGCUGCGGACAAAGCUUACGAGACCAAAGAGCAGGCUAAGGACACAGCCUAUGAUGCAAAGGAGAAGGCUAAAGACUACGCCGAACGAACUAAAGACAAGGCCAACGAAGGAGCCAGCAAAGCUGCGGAUAAAGCUUACCAGACCAAAGAGCAGGCCAAGGACACAGCCUAUGAUGCAAAGGAGAAGGCUAAAGACUACGCCGAACGAACUAAAGACAAAGUAAACGAAGGGGCGUACAAGGCUGCGGAUAAAGCCGAAGAUACAAAAGAAAAGGCCAAGGAUUAUGCAGAGGAUACAAUGGACAGUGCGAAAGCGAAGGCUCAAGAUGCGAAAGAAAAAGCCAAAGAGUAUGGAGAAGAUACCAAGGAGAGAGCAAAAGGGAUUAAGGACACCGUGAAGGAUAAAGCUGAGGAGCUUGGAGAGAAGACGAAGGAGACAGUGAAAGGAGCUUGGGAGAAUACGAAAAACGCUGCAAGGACUGCGACUGAAGCUGUGGUUGGGCCUGAAGAGGAUGUGGAUAAGGCACGAGCUGAUAUCGAUAAAGGCGUGGAAGAUUUAACGAAAAAGGCGGAGAAAAAAGCUGAGAAAGAUCAAAAAGAGGACGAUUUCAUCACAUUUAACUAA